AGCCAACUAAGCUCUCGUAUUCAUCAAAACCAAUCAAAACUAUAAAGAAAAAUAAAAAAUUUCAGUCUCUAAAUUCCUGUAAUUCAAUUGUUGCAAUGGCUGCGAAGCUCAAGAUUCCUCAAAUUGUCAACAUAUUUGCAAUUCUGAUUCUUUUGAGCUCCAUUUUGACCGAAGCAGUUCUUGAUGAUGCUUUGGUUACUCAACUUCCAGGUUUCGAUGGCAAAUUUCAAUCCAAUCACUAUUCUGGGUAUGUUACAUUGGAUAAAGUUAAUGGGAAGAAACUGUUCUAUUAUUUUGUGGAAUCGGAGAGCAAUCCGGCUAACGAUCCUCUUGUUCUUUGGCUUAAUGGGGGUCCUGGAUGUUCGAGCUUUGAUGGCUUCGUUUAUGAGCAUGGGCCAUUCAACUUUGAGAUGGGAAGUCCCAAAGGGAGUCUGCCUAAGUUACAUCUUAACCCACUUUCCUGGUCCAAGGUUUCUAACAUCAUAUACUUGGAUUCUCCUGCUGGUGUCGGCUUGUCUUACUCCCAAAACAUGUCUGAUUAUAUUACAGGAGAUUUAAAGACUGCUUCUGAUACACACAUAUUUCUCCUCAAGUGGUUUGAGCUGUACAAAGAAUUCCUCACAAACCCCUUUUAUAUUGCUGGAGAGUCGUAUGCUGGCAUUUACGUGCCAACAUUAGCUUCUGAAGUAGUGAAAGGAAUCGAUGCUGGAGUAAAACCUGCUAUAAACUUCAAGGGUUAUAUGGUGGGUAAUGGAGUAACUGAUGAUAUGUUUGAUGGGAAUGCUCUUGUUCCAUUUGCACAUGGAAUGGGCUUAAUAUCAGAUGACUUGUUUCAGGAAGUUACUUCGACAUGCGUAGGAAACUUCUACAACUAUUCAACUACAAAUUGUGCACAAUCACUUGACAAAGUUGACCAAACUGUUGCGGAUUUGAACAUUUACAACAUUCUAGAACCGUGUUAUCAUGGUGGGGAAACUUUAGAUACCAUAAGAAGUGAAAAUGAUCAUCCCAAUAGUUUUAGGAAGUUAGGCGAGACAGAAAGACCACUUCCCGUGAGAAAAAGGAUGUUUGGUCGUGCUUGGCCUUUUAGAGCUCCAGUAAAAGAUGGAAUAGUUCCACUUUGGCCACAGAUACUUAAUGGUGAAAAUGUGCCUUGUAUGAAUGAUGAAGUUGCAUCAGCGUGGCUCAAUGAUGAUGCAGUUCGGAAAGCAAUACAUGCUGCUCCAAGGAGUGUGGCUGGUUAUUGGGAUUUAUGCACAGACAGAAUUCAGUUCAGUCAUGAUUCUGGAAGCAUGAUCAAGUAUCACAAGAACCUUACUUCAAAGGGAUAUCGAGCCCUUAUCUUUAGUGGAGACCAUGAUAUGUGUGUACCUUACACUGGGACUGAAGCAUGGACAAGGUCAAUGGGCUACAAGAUUGUGGAUGAAUGGAGACCUUGGAGUUCAAAUGGACAAGUUGCAGGUUAUUUACAAGGAUAUGACAAGAAUCUCACUUUCCUCACGGUGAAGGGAUCUGGGCAUACUGUCCCAGAAUAUAAACCACGCCAGGCACUUGAUUUUUACAGACGAUGGCUUUCGGGGAAGACUAUAUAAUUGAUCAGCCAGCUUCAU